AUGUGGUCUAGACAGAUCCUUGUCCUGGUCACGGCCCUCGGCCUGGCCUCAUCUUCUCUCUUUCAACGCAAUGCCAACACAGACCUGUCCCUCAACCUGCCGCUCUCGGUAACGGAUGCCUCUCCAGCCCAAACGAUCUCGUCUGGAACCACACUUCGCAUCCUCUGCGUGGGAGAUUCUGUCACCGUGGGACACGGCAGCAAGGAACUGAACGGGUACAGAAGCGACCUCGCAGAACGCUUGUCCAGGAGUAACGAGGUCGAAUUCGUCGGGACAGAAAACGGCGGAGCAAUGCGCGAUGGCUAUUUUGCUGCGUGGAACGGCAAAACCAUACACUUCCUUGCCGAGCACAUCGGGCCGUCCCUCGAACAACGACCAAACCUCAUCCUGCUGCAUGCGGGCACAAACGACAUGGCCUCUGUCGAGCGCAUCGCAAAGGAGGGAAACGACCCCACGGCGGCGGCGGGGCGGCUCGGUGAUCUUCUCGACCUCAUGAUCCGGGCCUGUCCCGAUGCGGUCAUCAUCGUGGCAGUCAUCCUCGGCUCGUGCCAGACGGACCGGGUCGCGAGGACCACGGAGUACCAAGCUCUCAUCCCAGACGUCGUCAGGCGACGUCUUGAUGCCGGGCACAAGGUCCUCGCCGCGGACUUUAGCGCUAUGCCCCAGCGCUUCUUGCGUAAUGACUGCAUCCACCCGUCGAUGGAUGGGUACAGAGAGAUGGGCAGGUAUUGGUAUGAUUUCAUAACGCAGGUUCCCGCGGCGUGGUGGUUGCCGGCUCCGAGUGCGGUUGACCCGAGUGCGGUUGACCCGAGUGCGGUUGACCCGGGACGCGACGAACAGAAGGUAGAUGUGCAGUCGAGUGGUAGAUCACUGAGGCCGACGGCGUGGUUUCUUCCGAUUCUUGCAUGGUUUAUGCUUGGCUGA